AUUCAUUGCAGCAACUCUCUCGAGACCAUCCUAGACAACCAACACAACCUCAAGAUACAAUGGCGCCCGCACAACCUGAACUGAAGAAGUACCUCGACAAGAGGCUCUUCGUCCAACUCAACGGCAGCCGCAAGGUCAUCGGUGUUCUCCGUGGCUACGAUGUCUUCUUGAACAUUGUUUUGGACGAUGCUGUUGAGGAGAAGGAUGGUGGUGAGAAGGUCAAGCUUGGCAUGGUGACCAUCCGUGGUAACUCCGUUGUGAUGAUGGAGGCUCUCGAGAGAAUCGGCGGCGAUGAGAGGGGAGGACAGCGCGGCUAAUCAACAAUCAUCUUCUCGCAACACGAUAAAACGACCCUGCGCAUAUACAAACGCCUACAACAAAAGGCGAGGCAUCGGAAUAAGCGGAUGACAAUUGACGGGAUUUGACUAUAUACCAAGGCGAUUUACAGUUUACGACGACAUCUACAGUGUUCCACGCGGUCUUGGACGGUGAAAAGCUAGGUGGGUUGGCUGGUACGGCGUUCAGUUUCACACGAGGCAUGUAUUCGGGAAAGCUGCAUUAUCUUCAACUUUGAAAGGGAAACAUCUGCGGCGGUGGUUGAAGAAAAGAUACCCAAAGGAUUUUGUUUAUUUUUUUUGGUUUUUUUCACGUACAGCUCUUCUCCGACAACAGCUGCUUCCACGUCUUCUCGUCAUAACCGUCCACCAUGCGGUCGCCGUACAUCCGCACCCAGCCUCGAAUCCCGCCCGUCAUGACCUGCGACUGAAGAUCGCCGCCUACUUCGUUGAUAUAAUCUUGCAUCCAGGCGGCACAUCGAGGGCCCCGUCCAGCGGAGGAGCCUGGGGGAAGAAGCAUUGGUGUUAGGGAGGAUCGGCGGUAGAGGUACGAGUUCAAACAGCAUAGGAUUGAUUGGACUCUGUCCCAGGAGUCAAUGACAGAGAAAGUCAAACACGUACCACAAUAGAAUAUCACCUUUUGAAUCCC